AUGUUCAAGUAUCGGAUCCGCAUGUUUCUUAACGAACUCAAGGUGCUGGUGUUGAUGCGAUCCGAUUCGAGACGCUCCGGGCCCCCCGCCGCCGAUAGGGACGGGGACGGCGGAUGCGGCUGGCCGGCCUUGGUCGACUGCCGUCCGCGCGACGGCGACUGCGACGACGACGACGACUACUACGGCAGCGAACCGCGGCCGCGAGGCCCGCAGGCCCUGGACGACAAGGAGCCCAAGCUGCAAGUGCAGGGCCUGGACGCCGUGUCCCUGGCCAGCACCGCCAGCAGCCUCAGGACCCCUCAGUGCAGGAUCUGCUUCCAAGGCCCCGAGCAGGGCGAACUGCUGAGUCCUUGCCGGUGCGACGGCUCUGUGCGCUGCACCCACCAGCCGUGCCUGAUCCGCUGGAUCAGCGAGAGGGGCUCCUGGAGCUGUGAGCUCUGCUACUUCAAGUACCAGGUUUUGGCCAUCAGCACCAAAAACCCCUUGCAGUGGCAGGCCAUCUCCCUGACGGUGAUCGAGAAGGUGCAGAUCGCGGCCAUCAUCCUGGGCUCGCUGUUCCUGAUCGCCAGCAUCUCCUGGCUCAUCUGGUCCUCACUCAGCCCCUCGGCCAAGUGGCAACGCCAGGACCUGCUCUUCCAGAUCUGCUACGGCAUGUACGGCUUCAUGGACAUCGUCUGCAUAGGUUUGAUCAUCCACGAGGGCUCGUCGGUCUACCGCAUUUUCAAACGCUGGCAGGCCGUCAACCAGCAGUGGAAAGUACUGAACUACGAGAAGUCCAAGGAUCUGGGCGAGCCGCUGAGCGCGGGCGGAAAAGCGGGCGCACGCCUGGCCGCCCGCGGGACUCCUCACGCCCUGGCGGCCGGUAGCGCGGGGCGCCGCGGCCGCAGGCUCAGGACUAUCCUGCACCGCCGCUGCGGCUACACCGUCUUGCACAUCCUCAGCCGGCUGAGGCCCGAGCGCCCGCGCCUGGGCUCCUCCGCCAACCGCGAGGUGGUCAUGAGGGUCACCACCGUAUAA